GCGUGUAGUGGAAUAAAUAAUGUCGCUGGAGCCGUAAACCCUUACUUAAAAGGUUAAACCCUCCUCCCGCUCUGCAAACUGCACCAAAAUCGUCCGAACACAGUAAGCAAACAAAGCAAGUCCUCCGAACCGACUGUGAAAACCUAUGGAAGAAGAAUUCAUUGAGCCACUCACCAAAGAUGGCUCCGACCUCUGCCAGCAGCUAAUGGACCGUUACGCCAACUCUUCCGCGCCGCAGCACCGCCAUCUCGUCGCCACCGCCGCUGCCCUGCGCUCCAACCUUAACGCCGAGUCCCUCCCUCUCACGCCGCCCGCGUACUUUGCUGCUGCCAUCUCUGAGCUCGUGGACGACUUGGCUGCUGAGGCGCUUGACCCAACGGCGCUCUCCGCCCUGCUGUCCUUCAUGGCCAUUGGUCUUCCCUUGGUUCCGCAGGGUGGUAUCGCCGCUCCGAAGGCGUGCGACGCAGCUGCUAUCCUCGUCGCUCUACUGGACAGGGAGGGAGAUGGGAAGGGGUUGGGUAUGUCGACCAUAAGGGCCGCAGUGAAGUGCUUGGGGGUUUUAAUUGGGUUUUGUGAUUUGGAGAAUUGGGACUCUAUUAAAUUAGGUUUUGAAACAUUGCUGAAGUUUGCAGUUGACAAACGCCCAAAGGUACGAAGAUGUGCUCAAGAGUCUCUUGAGAAGGUUUUCGGGUCUAUUCAUUCCUCCAAAGUUGUUAAGGAUGCUAGCAAGUUAGUUUUGUCAAUGCUUAAAAGUGGCAUUGCUUUGGUGAUAAAAUUGAUCGGUACAAGGACUGUUGGUGAUUCCAAAGAAGAUAAAGUUUUGAAACCGGAACUUUUGGAGGUCCUUCAUGUACUAAAUGUUGUUAAUCUUACUGCUCCCUGUUUUUCUGCAGAAGUCAUUCCAAAGGUUCUUUCGGAAUUGGUUAAGUUAUUGGGUGCUGAGAGUUUGGUGCUUGCAAGGCAUGUUCUUAAAAGUAUUGAUGCUAUUUUUGAAGCUUCGAGAGUCCAAAAUAUAGACUUAGAGACAGAGGAUAUUGUAGUUUUUCUUGCUUCGUUUGUAUCUCUGGGAGAUAGAAACCCCUUGGAUACUCUGGUUUAUGCAGCAACCUUAUUAAGACAUGCAAUGGACUCACUUUAUACCAGACAAUCAAGUUUGUGGAUCAAGAAUCUGCCUCUAGUUUGUACAUCUUUAAUGGGUCUACUAAAUUUAGAGGGAAACACUGCAGUGCAGGCUUCGAGUAUUUUGAAGGAUGUGCUCAAGCAUCAUCUUGGUCCCCAAAGUUUGACAAGUAGUGGGGAUCAAAGAUUUGAUAAUUGUAGUCAGGAAAACAUGGAAGGAAAUGCAGUAAAUUCAACAUGUGCAGUUUUUGAAAAUGCCAUUUCUGCUGCUGCUGGAAUUCCUACUGAGCAUUUUGUGUCCGUCAUAUCUGUUUUAUUUUUUGAGCUUGGAGAACACUCAGUUGUCUUUAUGAGGAAUAUUGUGCUUAAACUUGCUGAAUUGAUGAUUCAAACAUCUGGAGGAAAUGUUAAUAAUGAGCAUCUUCAGAAAUGCAUUGGUUCUGCUAUUAUUGUUAUGGGGGUAGAGAGAUUUCUUGAAAUUGUGCCUAUCACUCUUGAUGAACGCAGCUUUGCUUAUUCAAAUAUUUGGCUAGUACCAAUCUUGAAGAGAUAUGUUACCGGAUCCUCACUUGCUUACUACAUGGAGCAUAUUGUGCCCCUUGCAAAAUCCUUUAAGAAGGCUAGUCGCAAAGUCAAGAAGACACGGAUUAGUGAAGAUCUGUUGACUCGAGCCCAUGAACUAUGGGGAUUGCUACCCAGUUUUUGUCGUCAUGCAAAUGAUACUCACCAAAAUUUUGCAAGUCUCUCUGAUGUUCUUGUUUCUUUUCUUAAAAAGCAGCCCUCCAUGCAUGAAAACGUUUUCAUGGCAUUACAGGUUCUUGUGAAUGAGAACAAAGCUGUACUUAUUCCUAAAAAGAGCGAGUCAAAUUGCCACGCAGUAUGUGAUUCUGAAUUAGAGUUUGGUGUGCAACCUGCAUAUUCUAAGAAAGCUGCUACCAGAAACAUCAAGUCUUUGGCAUCUUGUUCAAGACAGUUGCUUUCUAUUUUGUCAGAUUUAUUUAUUGCUUCACAGCCUGAGAUGCGCUUUUCUUUGAAGGGAGCCAUUGGGUGCCUGGCUUCUAUCACUGAUUCCUCUGUGAUCAAAGAGAUGUUUCUCUCUUUUCUUGAUAAGUUUAAGUUUACGGAUUGUGAAGGCAACAUUGAAAUGCUGACGAGCGACAGUGGAGUGUUAGAUAGCAAACUUGGCAAAAUGGAGAAUUAUUCUAAGAGGUGUUUGAUUUUGGAAAUAGCAUCCUGUCUUGUUGAAGGAGCCAAGGAUGAUCUUAUAGAGUUAAUAUAUAAUUUAGCAGUACAGUCGUUCCAGGCAACUGAUGAGAGCGUUCAUUGUGAAGCAUACAACACUUUGAGCAAAAUUUUGGAGGAUCAUGCCUUUUCUUCUUCUCGAUAUACAGAGCUGAUCGAUUUAUUGAUCAGUCUAAAGCCUUCAACUGAUAUUGUAUAUCUUAGAAGUCGAUAUACUUGUUUCCACUCUCUGAUGGUUCGCACAAUGAAGAUUAGUUUAGAGGAAGAUGAGAACUCAAAGGCUUUCCUUAUUCUUAAUGAAAUCAUUCUCACAUUGAAAGAUGGAAGUGAUGAAGCUAGAAAAGCAGCCUAUGAUUUACUCUUGAAUAUUAGUUCUAGCUUGAGGGACACAUCAGGUGUUGAUCCUAUUGAACCAUAUCAGAAACUGGUCAACAUGAUCAUGGGGUAUCUUUCUGGUUCUUCCCCUCACAUUAAAAGCGGAGCAGUGUCUGCGCUCUCUGUAUUGGUAUAUAAGGAUACAAAUCUUUGUCUCUCUGUUCCUGAACUUGUCCCUUCUUUCUUAUCUUUGCUGCAAACCAAAGACGUGGAAAUAAUAAAGGCUGUCUUGGGCUUUGUAAAAGUCAUGGUAUCUUCUUUACAAGCAAACGAGUUGCAGCAAUUUGUCUCAGACAUCAUUACUGCAAUCGUCCCCUGGUCAUCUGUUUCUAGACAUCAUUUUAGAUCAAAGGUCACUGUCAUAUUUGAAAUAUUAUUACGGAAGUGUAGUUCUGCUGCUGUCAAACGGGUUACCCCAGAGAAGUAUCACAGUUUUCUCAAGACAGUUCUAGAGAAUCGACAUGGUAAAUCAAGUGAGACAACCUCCAAUGGUACAGAAAAUAUGCGUGAGGAUUCAUCUGCUAAAGGGCCAAAUUCAAGGAAGCCCAAAAGUUCAGAUACCCAAGGUAUUACUUUGGUUAAACAUAAAAAGAGAAAGAGGGAUAAGAAAUUUGAGUCGGACUUACCAAGUGAAAAUGAACCCCAUGAGUCUAUUACUACCAGCAACCAUGGCUUAAGGUUAGUCAAGAGAAGUAGGCAUUCUAGUGAUAGAAAUUCAAAUGGAGGAAAGGAAGAAGGAAGUAAAAUGUUCAAGAAAAGUCGGCACAAAAGUCUCAUUGAAAGUGGUGUGAAGAGAAAAGUAAAGUUGACAAAUACAGAGAAGAAUAAAGCAGCUACUCAUGCUCCUAAGCGAGUUUCAAAACCAGAAACAUUCAAAGGGAAAUUCAAAAGAAAUUUAUAGAUUCAAUUCAAUUCAAUUUACCCAAUGCUCCAAACCUCUAAAGCAAGACACCAUUUGAAUACUAUAAAA